AUGGCGUCCUCUCUUGCUGCGCAGUUAGCGCAGAUCGCCGCCAACUCAAAGGCAUCUUUGGAUGUAAGGGCGCAAAAGGCUGCCCACUCCAAGUCACUUCUCUUCGAGCCGAGGGUUGCCACGACACAGAGCUACCAGGCCCUUUACACGAUAUGUUUGGAAGGCUUCGAGGAGCUGUGCGAGCUCGAUGGCCGUUUCAAACCGUUCGCCCUGACGCUCUUCAGCGAGCAGAGCAUGAGCGAAGACCGCACCCAGAUGACCGCUGCUGAGAAUGCCGAGUUGGACAAGAAAGUCGAGUCCUUUUUGCGCCUCAUUGGCAGCAGGCUGAGACUGAUGCCUUCGCUUCGUGCCCUCGAAUGGCUUGUACGGAGGUUCAGAAUUCACGAGAACAACACCAAGUCUCUCAUCACGACCUUCCUCCCGUACCACUCGAUUCCCGCCUUCGUCACCUUGCUCUCGAUCCUACCGUCAAGAAUCCCCCACGAAUACCGAUUUUUGAGCCCCUACAUCAAGUCCCUCACUUCGCCCCCGCGAUCUGUGUUGGUCCACGAAGCGAUCCACAAGGCCGACUUCCUCAACACCCUCUCCGAAUACACCCUCGAGGCCUGCAGGAAUCAGCAGCAAUACCCGACCUUGAUCUCUUUCUGGGGCGGAAUCAUGACGGAAGCCGUGAACGGUCUCCUCGAGAAUAUGCGCUCGGGUCGCCAGGCUGUUCAGCAGGACAAUAACGAAGCGUUCCUGCACCGCGUUGGCCCUACCCUCGCCGAGGCAAUGACUAUGAAGAAAGUCCCCAACAUGCAGAUCGCUUCUUACAUGGCCGUCACCAUCGUUGCGGCGAAGGGAAGCUUCGAUGACGCAACAUUGUCGGCUUUCAUGGAGCAGAUUGUCCACGGUUGGACCAGCGAAACCGUGCGCCCCGGUCUGGUUUGCUUGUGCAUUCUGGCGCAGUAUCGAUCCGCGAAACAGCUUUCAGGAAAGGUCACCAAGGCCUUGUUGAAGGUGCAGAACCUUGGCGAAAUUCUCGUUGAGCUAGGCCAGGAACGGAGGGUUGAUAAGCUCACUAACGGACUGUGCAUCGCUUUUAUCGAAAGACUUUGCAAGAAGGGUGAUGCUCGGGGAUUGCCAAUCAUUCGGGCCAUCUUGAUGAGCAAGAUCUUGAAGGGGAAGCAGAUUGCCGUUAUCUUCAAGUCUCUGGUUCUUGCUGCCCACAGACUUGACGAUGAGGUCGACAAGGAUGGCGAAAUCCGCAAGGAGCUUGGCUCGACAUUGAUUGACCUCUCGCGCUUCUCUGGAGACACUAGUGAGAUCAUCCGGACGGUUCUCGAGGAGGUCGAUUUCGAUGUGGAGGAGCUGGAAAUGAAACUCGACGUCUCGAUUCGCCAGAGAAAGGCCCUGCCCGGAAGCCAGGAGGAUAUCGAGAUGGACAAAUCCCAGCCCGCUGCGCCGACCAAGGAAAACCUGAGAGAGACUAUCCAGGAGCUCUCGGGCCAGACGCGUGCGCUACCCGCAUGCCUCUCAACCAGCACUGGCGAGGUCUACGACGAGUUCAGUCGCCUUUUCCUCCGGGUUGUUUCACAGCAGUCCGAGGACCCGACUCUGCUUGCCGAUUUCGACCAGCUGCCGUCCCUGAGCCGACGAACGGCAGUCAGCGACCACACCUACAUCACCUUCUUCGUUCGCAUUUGGUCCGGCCCUUACCCAACCCUGGCUCGCGCUGCUGCUAUCGACACAGUCAGGAGACGUUUGAGCGACGGCGAUGGCAAUGAUCUCGACUUUCAAGCGCUUAUCCCCUACUGCCUCGUGGCCCUGGUUGACUCCUCGAAGAAGGUCCGUCGUGCUGCGGCUGAGCUCCUCAUCCAAAUAGGCCACUUCUUCCCUCACCAGUCCAAGGCCGCGAAGGCUUCUGUCUGGGGUGGCAAGAAGCUUUACGAUGACAGCGACAAGGUGCAGUGGCUGGAUGCCGAUACCGUUUCUCGUCUCCUUCACGGCGUUAUCCUCCCCGCUCUGGAAGAAUGCAUCAUGCAUGAGGACCACAUCCGUGCAGUCCUUCACUCUACCCUCGAUAGCAGCGCCAAGGGUGAGAACAGCGAAGGAAAGAAGGCACUGAGCUCAUCGGGCCGAGCAUCAAUCCUCUCAUUCCUUGCCAGUCACGUUGUUGCAACGCCGCUCCUCAGGGUCAAGUCCAACCUACUUUCAAUCCUCAACCGCAUCAGAGGAGUGUCAUCUACCUCAAGAACAAAGGUCCUGCUGCCGGCUUUCCGAUGGUGGGCAUCACUGUCUGCCGAUGAAGCGGACCGUCUCUCCGAGGCUGAGGAAGUAGACCAGUCGCUGCUGCACACUACAUUUGCCGAGAUUGUCGUACCGAACGACAGCGAAGGCCUCGAUUGCCUCCUCUCUAUUAUGAAGGAUUCUGCUUCCGCCAAGCGUCCGGAGCUCGUUAGAUCUAUUUCUGCGCGCAUCCGCGCUAUCUGGGGCUCCAUGAAGGCCGAUACGAAAUUCGAUGUGGCCCAGACGAUGUUGGAGCUUUCUCAGGCCCGACAAGCAUCCCAGGACGAGGAGGACAUCAUUGCUGACGAAGCUGCCGAUUUCCUGAGGAACGUUGAGCUCACCACAGAAAUCCUGGCCUACUUCCUCGAGUCCAUCCAGACCGGCACCAAGCUCAUUACCGAACCCCCUGCCAACAAGCGGCGCAGAACUAGCUCGUCUGAGGCCAACCGGGGCGUCAGCGCCCAAGCCAGUGCUGAGCUCAGCGCAACCCUGAGAUCAGUCACUUUUGUUCUCCAGCUUGUUGACGGUUCACAGCCUGCUGCCCAUCCCGAGUUGUUGGACAGCCUCUUUGGCACGCUCUCCGAGCUUCAGCACUUCCGUACUGUCAUCGGAUCGGAGCUUGGAUACCUGCAAAAUCUGGUGCUCACAAGCCUGAUUGCUAUGGUCCCUGCCUACAGAGACAACAAGAACCUGAAGAUCGACAGCUCAGGAGGCCACGGCGACUUGCUUGUGAACUGCAUCCAAAAGUCUUCCAGCCCUAUCGUGCAAAACUCGGCUCUCCUCCUGAUUGCGAGCCUCGCCACUGCUGCGCCUGAUCUUGUGCUUCACAGCGUGAUGCCCAUCUUCACCUUCAUGGGUGCCUCGGUCCUCCGCCAGAACGAUGAUCACUCAGCUCACGUCGUCAACCAGACCAUUAAGGAAGUUGUUCCACCUCUGAUGGCGUCGCUCAAAAAGGGCAAGAGAAACCCUAUCGCGGGUGCCACAGAGUUGCUGCAGAGCUUCGUCACUGCCUACGAGCAUAUCCCUGCACACCGCAAGCAAGGCUUGUUUGUCGCGCUCAUCAAUACACUCGGACCCGAAGAGUUCAUGUUUGCCCUGUUGGCUAUGUUGGUCGAUAGAUACGGCCCCAACGACAGCCUUAUGGCGUUUGCCUCUGAGCUUCUCGGCGUUUACAGCGCCGAGGUUCAGCUUCAGACCCUGGCUAAGCUCCUGGACUUGAUCAGUGACAUUUUCAAGCCCAAGCCAGGCCUUUCUGUCACCCUUUUGGGAGUUGGCGAGGAUUUGUCAGAGAAGAAGCCCGAGGCUAUUGCCAUCCAGCAGCUGACAGUGUUCCCGGCUCUCCUCUCCAGCAGGAAAUUGCGGAAGGAGAUCACCAUCCUCACCGAGAGAGACGACAUGGAUUCUUCCAAGAUUCGGGACCUGUACGCAAUUCUUCUUCGAGACGUCCUGGCUCUUGCGGAGACGGUCAAGCAGCAGAAGGCUCUGCACGAGUGCUGCGGCAAUGCCUUGGCCAAUCUCCUCAACCUCCUCUCUAUCGGCGAGUUCAUCAAGUCGGUCGAGAACCUCCUGGAUCGCACCGAGAUCGACCUCCGUCGCAAGGUCCUCCGUGCUCUUGAGGUCCGUGUGGAUCAGGAGGGUGUCGCAGAUGUUGCCUCGAGAACGGCUCUGCUUGCUUUCCUUCCGCAGCUCACCGCCGCAAUCCGGGACACAGACGAUCUCAAGUACAAGCACACUGCGGUGGCGUGUAUUGACAAGAUCGCGGAGAAGUACGGCAAGAAGGACAUCGAAGCCGUCGCGGGUGCCGCAGCGACCAUCGCCGGACCCCACUGCCUUGGCCAGCCCGAUGUUCGUCUCCGCGUCAUGGCAUUGCUUUGCCUUGCCUCUUUGGUUGAUGUUCUCCAAGAUGGUAUUCUGCCCAUUGUCAACAUUGCCAUUUCCCAGGCAAUUCUCUACAUCGAGCAGAGCGUAAAGAACGAUGAGGCCGCCACCGAAUUGCACAAUGCGGCGUUUGCAUUCAUCACUGCUCUCGCGCAACACCUGCCUUACAUGAUUUCGGAGAAGCACCUGGAUAACAUCUUGCUCGCCUCCAACAAGUCAGCUGAAGCCAACCUGGACGAUGAGGCUGACGAUGAGCGCAUCAACUGUCUCAGAUUCCUUGCCAGAAAGGUUGAGGCCAAGACGAUGUUGGCCAGCCUGCAGAAGAACUGGAUCCCGGCUGCUGAGGCUGGUUUCGACGCCACCGACGAAUGGGUCGAUAUCUUUGGUGUUGUGGUUGAUAGCCAACCCAAGACGGUUGUCACAAAGAACGUCACUACCUUGUCUACGAUCCUCCUCAACUCUUUGGACCUUCGGAGACGGGAACAGAUCAAGGGCAAGCUUACAAACGCGACGGCCCAACAUGUGGCCAAGAUCGAGGCCUCCAUCAAUGACGUUACGCUCAAGAUGAUUUACAAGCUGAAUGAUGCGGCGUUCAGGCCCGUCUUCACCCAGAUCGUUGAAUGGUCUACGCAGCUGCCCAAGCAAGACGUCGCAGGACGCGCUCUGCGUCGCUACAGCGUCUACGGGUUCCUCCAGGUCUUCUUUGAGGGCCUGAAAUCCAUCGUCACCAACUACGCGACUUACAUCGUGGACGACGCCGUUGAGAUUAUCAAUGCCGCCGACUUAAAGUUGCCCGAGCAAAAGGAGCUCUGGCAACGCGUACUGUCUACACUGGCGAGGUGCUUUGAGCACGACCAGGACGAUUUCUGGCAGGCGCCUGCCCACUUUGGCAAGGUCGCUCCUGUUCUGACUGCGCAGUUCCUCCACGCCUCGUCUGUUGACCUGUCUGGCGAGCUCAUCCCCGCGAUGGUCGAGCUGGCCUCUGCGGCGGACUCUCAGGAGCAUCAGAAGGAGCUCAACACCGCCAUCCUGCGCCACCUUCGUUCCGAGCAGGCAUCCGUCCGUCUGGCGGCGGUCAAGUGUCAGCAGCAACUUGCCGAGAAGCUUGGCGAGGAGUGGCUGUCGGCGCUGCCUGAGAUGCUCCCUUACAUCAGUGAGCUCCAGGACGAUGAUGACGAGACCGUCGAGCGGGAGACGCACCAGUGGAUCGUCAAGAUCGAGGGAGUCCUUGGUGAAAGCUUGGACUCUAUGUUGCAGUAA